UGUGUGUGUGUGUGUGUGUGUGUGUGAGUCAGUGUUGAAUGGGCCCUGUAGUCACAUGGCUACUUGUCAGCAGGCUUCCAGGAGGAAACUUAAUCCGGGGGACGAAGGCGGCCGCUAUCAGUGGAUGCACGUCGGUCCGAGAGGCUGGACGUCACUCGCUGCACAUCUCUUUAACUCUCUGACCAUCUUCUCUAUCUCACUCUCUCUCUCUCUUGUGUUUGCUCUCGUCCUGCACUCUGACCAGAAGGGGCUCGCUCCUGCCUACAGAGAUCACGGCUGCACUACUACCAUGUCUGCGGUGGCUUCUCUGCAGUAAGCAAAUCAAGGUUAUGCUGCCCAAAAGUUGCCUGAGUCCCAGCGAGAAAGAGAAGGGCUAACGCCGCACCCGAUCCCAAGCAGCUUCCCAGAGCCCGUCCCGUGCGGAGCCAUGAGCAACCCCAGCACUCCAAAGCAGAUUAGGGAUGCCGUGCCGUCGCUGGAGACGUCGUCUUCGCCCAGGGCCGCACAUCCAGAGGAGGACGAUGAUGGCGACCUGAACAAAGCCUUGGGCGUGCAGCGCUUCCAGCAGAUCCUCAGCCCGUCCGCUGCGGUGCCCGACGAGCAGCACCACAACUACCACGAGGAGGACAUUGAAUACCACCGUCACUCCUCCCACCACAUCCAUCGACCUCUGUCCAAGUUGCCCCUGGAGGGGCGCCGCAAGAAGGGCAGCAAGAAGAGGCGGAAGGACAAGGAUCACAAAAGCGGGCACGGCCCCAGCGGCGGGCCCAUCGAGGAGGGGGAGGAUGAGGAGGAGGAGGAGGAGGAAGGGGAGACGAGCGCCGCCCCCUCUGAGCCUGUGAGGGUCAAAGAUGUGGAGUUCUUCGUGUCCGAUGAUGACCAUGUGGGCAGCCCGGCCCGGGAGAUACACCUCGUUCCGAUGUCCGGCGUGGGAUCGAACCAUGACGAUGCCACAUCCACAGACAAGCCAGAGUUAUUCGACUCCGCCGACUGUCCUCCGUCGGACCACCCGCUGAUAGCCCGGGUGUCCUCCACUGGCCGCAACUACGACCUGCAGGAGCGACGGCGCACGGGAAAUAUGACGGGCGCCGAGCAGGCCAAGUACCAGCGCAUCCCCACCGACGAGAGCGAGGCUCAGACGCUCGCCUCCGCUGACCUGGAUGGCAUUAAGAGUCACCGCUUCGAAGAUGUCCCCGGCGUACGCAGGCACCUGGUCAGAAAGAGCACUAAGGGUCAAGUGGUGCACAUCGGCAAGGACCACAAGGAGUCCACCACUCGCAGCCGCAAGCAGGACCGCACCCCACACGAGGUGUUUGUGGAGCUGAACGAGCUGACCAUGGACAAGAACCAGGAGAUGCAGUGGAAGGAGACGGCCCGUUGGAUCAAGUUUGAGGAGGACGUGGAAGAGGAGACAGACCGCUGGGGGAAGCCGCACGUGGCCUCGCUCUCCUUCCGUAGUCUGCUGGAGCUCCGCAAGACCAUCUCGCACGGUGCAGUGCUACUGGACCUCGACCAGAAGACCCUGCCUGGCAUCGCCCACCAGGUGGUGGAGAAGAUGAUCAUUUCUGACCAGAUCAAAGCAGACGACCGGGCAAACGUCCUGAGGGCCCUGCUGCUCAAGCACAGCCACCCGAGCGACGACAAGGAGCACAGCACCCCCUUCCCAAGGAACAUCUCGGCCGCCAGCCUGGGCAGCCUCAUGAGCCACCACCACAACGCCAACCACGCCCAUCAGGCUGAGCCGUCUGUCACCAACCCCCUGAUGGGCGGCGGCGACGCGGACGCGUGGAUCGACAUGGAGAAGAAUGACAUGCAGAAGGAACCAAGCAUUGUGUCGGGCAUGCACAAGUCCAAGUCCAAACAUGAGCUCAAGCUCCUGGAGAAGAUUCCAGAAAAUGCAGAAGCCACUGUAGUCCUUGUGGGCAGCGUGGACUUCCUGGAGCAGCCCACCAUGGCGUUUGUGCGGCUGCAGGAGGCUGUGGAGCUGGAGUCAGUCCUGGAGGUGCCCGUGCCGGUCCGCUUCCUGUUUGUGCUUCUGGGGCCCGCCACCACCAGCAUGGAUUACCACCAAAUUGGACGCUCCAUCUCCACGCUCAUGUCAGACAAGCAAUUCCACGAGGCAGCCUACCUGGCGGACGACCGACAGGAUCUCCUGAACGCCAUCAACAGCUUCCUGGACUGCAGCAUCGUGCUGCCACCGUCAGAAAUGGGCGGGGACGAGCUCCUGCGUUCUGUCGCUCGUUUCCAGCGAGAGAUGAUGCGCAAGAGGGAGGAGGGCAAGCUGGCUGAGGAACCCAAGAGCCUGGAGGAAAAGGGUUGGCAUCUCUGUUGGUGGGCUGUCACUGACACUGCGUGCUGUGACUUGAAAUCCAACCAAGUGUCCUCCUGUCACUCAGAAGCCCUCAUCGCCCCUUCCAAGAAGUCAGACGACCCUUUAGAGCGCACCGGGCACCCCUUUGGCGGCCUGGUACGAGAUGUGCGGCGCCGCUACCCAAAGUACAUCAGCGACUUCAAGGACGCCCUGAACAGCCAGUGCAUGGCCGCCGUCAUCUUCAUCUACUUUGCCGCCCUCUCUCCGGCCAUCACCUUCGGAGGCUUGCUGGGCGAGAAGACGAAUGGUCUGAUUGGUGUGUCGGAGCUGAUUGUGUCGACAGCGAUGCAGGGCGUGAUCUUCUGCUUGCUGGGAGCGCAGCCUCUUCUGGUUGUGGGCUUCUCUGGUCCCCUUUUGGUUUUUGAAGAAGCUUUUUACACUUUCUGCAAAGCCAACGACAUGGAGUACCUGACGGGCCGCGUCUGGAUCGGCUUUUGGCUCGUCGUCAUCGUGCUCGUCGCGGUGGCCUUCGAGGGCAGCUUCCUGGUGCGCUUCGUCUCCCGCUUCACGCAGGAGAUCUUCUCCUUCCUCAUCUCUCUCAUCUUCAUCUACGAGACCUUCAUGAAGCUCGGCAGGAUUUUCAAGGACCAUCCGCUGAGGCGCUGCUCCUUGGACCCGCUCGUACCCUUGAACGACACCGCGGCGAACGCCACAGCUGACAACGUCACAGCGCUGCCAAGCAAUGGCAACGUACCCGAGUCGGCGACCAAGGGUGUGACCGAUGAGCCCAACACGGCGUUGCUCUCGCUGGUGCUCAUGGCGGGGACCUUUUUUAUCGCCUUCUACCUGCGCAAGUUCAAAAACAGCGCCUUCUUCCCCGGACGGCUCCGCAGGAUAAUUGGGGAUUUCGGGGUACCGAUUGCCAUCCUGAUCAUGGUCUUGGUGGAUUACAGCAUCGAGGACACAUUCACACAAAAACUGAACAUUCCCAGAGGUUUCUCUGUGACCAGCCCUGACAAGCGGGGGUGGAUCAUCAGUCCGCUGGGAACCCAGCGAGAGUUCCCCAUCUGGAUGAUGUUUGCCUGCUGCUUACCCGCCUUGCUGGUCUUCAUCCUCAUCUUCAUGGAGACGCAGAUCACCACCCUGAUUGUGAGCAAAAAGGAGCGCAUGCUGGUGAAAGGUUCCGGCUUCCAUCUGGACCUGCUCCUCAUUGUUGUGCUGGGCGGCACCUCGGCCCUCUUCGGCCUGCCGUGGAUGGCCGCCGCCACGGUCCGCUCGGUGACCCACGUCAACGCCCUCACGGUCAUGAGCAAGGCCGUCGCCCCGGGAGACAAGCCCCGCAUCCAGGAGGUGAAGGAGCAGAGGGUGACGGGGCUCUUGGUGUCCAUCAUGGUUGGCUUGUCCAUCGUGAUCGGGGACCUCCUGCGUCAGAUCCCCCUGGCGGUGCUCUUUGGUAUCUUCCUCUACAUGGGGGUGAUGUCGCUCAACGGCAUCCAGCUGACCGAGCGCAUCAUGCUGCUGCUCAUGCCGCCAAAGUACCACCCUGACCACAGCUAUGUCCGCAAGGUGCGAACCCUGCGCAUGCACCUGUUCACCUGCAUCCAGGUGGUGUGUCUGGCCGUGCUGUGGGCCGUCAUGUCCACGCAGGCGUCGCUGGCCUUCCCCUUUGUGCUCAUCCUCACCGUGCCCGUCAAGAUGUUCCUGCUGCCGCGCAUCUUCAACGGGCGGGAGAUGCUUUGUCUGGAUGCCGACGACGUGGAGCCCACGUUCGACGAGCGUGAGUGUCACGACGAGUACUCGGAGAUGCACAUGCCCGUGUAGCCAGCCAGUGAGACUCCUCCUGGAACCACUUGUAAAGCUAUGUGACCCUCCUCCUCCUCCUCAUCAGCAGCAUCACUUAUUAGUGAGAAAACAAGCCAAGAGGGGGCGCUAAAGGCCUCUCUCAAGAACCAGCAGUCAUUAUGUAGUGUAUGUUUUUAUUAUUCAUAUUUAAUAGUAUUUCAGGGGAUUCCACAUGACCUGACUACGCUAUUACGCUAAAUCAAGUUGCAAAGUGAUUAUUUUAGCCCUGAAAGGUUGCUCUGAUUCACAUUGAAUAUGUGAUGAACAUACAGGAUGCCUUCCUUUAUGUUCACACUUACUGCUGUUCAAGUUUGUUUUUUUUUUAAGCUCACCGAGUGCCUUUAUAUGAAGGAACUAGAAAUGUGUACUGAGAGGAUUUUGAUCCUCCUCCUCGUUCUGUCUUAUUUUGACAGCCUUUCACUUUACUUAACCCGCCUCUUGAAGAAGGUAUGAGCACUUUUUUUAAUGAAGACACCAAAUCAGAUCGGUGACUGUAACUCAGUGUGAUUGUUUAAAAUCUUUCCCAUAAAUCUGUCAUGUUAUUGUUUUAUGACUGUCUAACUGUCGUUAUUGUCUUUCUAACCGCGGCCCUCUUUUCCUAGAUGAUUGCUAAAAUAACCAGCAGAGGGCGAUAUAUACUUGCCUGCCUCAAUUAUUAUUUUAGAUUUUUUUUUUUUAUGACACCACAGCAAUGUCGUCUUUUUCUUCCAUACUUAAAACACUUUGUUAUUUGUGCAUUAACAUAGUCAGUGGAGUUAUAAAUACUAAACACUUAGGGCACUCAUGUAGAAUUGACGUGUCACUUGGGUUGUUGGGCUUUUUCUUGUCGCUAUAGUGCCAAACUCUCACAACCUCGCUUCCUAAUCUAAAUUUAACAUUCCGACAUGUAUCAUUGGCGACUAAUGGUGUAGAAACACCCCCAGUCGACUACAUAUUGAGGAAAGAGCUGUGUAGACAAUCUCAAAUUGCAUUGCUGAGAGGGAAGGCUCUUAAAAGCGUGUGUUUUCUGUGAGCGCGUGUGUUUGUUUCAUGUCAUGUUGUUGCGACGUGGAUUGGUGACUUUGACUGUGUUUAAAAAAAAAAAGAAAGAAAAAAACCGUUCAGAAUGUCCUGUUACGCUCAAGUGUCGAUGUUUGUGAUCUUGUGCCUGUUUGCUGUCACAAAUUUGCACAAAAUCUCAAGUGCCUGCGGGGACCAGCAAGUGAUGUACUGCAAGCAUCCAAUAGAUUCAAAAUGUAUUUAUCUAUCGCAAUGUGAGGCAUUACUGCUGUUGAAAACGGGGUUAUUUGGAACGCACACACACACUGAUGAAGGAGGGAUUUUUUUCGUUCGCUUGUGUUGCCCGUGGAUGACGUGAAGGUGCUCUGUGUGUGUCGGGAUGACGAACACAGAGGCCACUACUGAUGUUCCCUACAUUUGACGGUUCAAAUAUUGAUGACAAAUAAAAGCUAUUUUCUAUUUAA